CGUUCUAGGAAUAAUGACUGUCGACCGACAGAAAAGUAUCAUGUUUGACAUAUGGUUCCAUUUAUUUUACGUUAUUCUAAUUAAGCUUAGAACAUGGAGUGUCGAAUUUUCUUAAAUACAGAUUUGUAUAAUUAUUCUUAAGGUUUAGUAAAUAAAAAGCUUGUAUGAAAAAUGAAGCUUGUGUUUAAGAAUGUUGAUAAAGAUGGAGAGGGGAGUGUGUCCCUUGUCCCAGAAAAUACAGAAGAUAUGUGGCAUGCAUAUAAUCUUAUUGCUGAAGGAGAUUUUGUCAGUUGUUCCACUAUUAGAAAGGUGCAAAUGGAAUCUGCAACUGGUAGUUCUAACAAUUAUAGAGUCAGAACUACUUUGACUAUAUGUGUUGAAGGUAUUGAUUUUGAUACACAGGCAUGUGUUUUAAGACUGAAAGGUAGAAAUGUAGAAGAAAAUAAAUAUGUUAAGAUGGGAGCAUAUCAUACACUGGAUGUAGAACAAAAUAGAAAAUUUACAAUUACCAAAGUUAAAUGGGAUUCUAUUUCUUUGGAAAGAGUUGAUACUGCGUGUGAUCCUACACAAAAUGCAGAUGUUGCUGCCGUAGUAAUGCAAGAAGGUAUAGCACAUAUUUGCUUAAUAACUUCUAAUAUGACAAUUGUUCGUGUAAAAAUAGAUCAAGUUAUCCCUAGAAAGAGAAAAGGAAAUGUUUCACAGCAUGAAAAGGGUUUAACAAGAUUUUAUGAUAACAUAAUGCAAGGAAUUUUGAGACACAUCAAUUUUGAUAUCGUGAAAUGUAUUAUUCUUGCAAGUCCUGGCUUUGUCAAAGAUCAAUUUAUGGAUUACAUGAUACAACAGGCCAUUAAAUCGGAUAAUAAAAUAGUAUUAGAAAAUAAAGGCAAAUUCUUACUUGUGCAUUCUAGUUCUGGUUUCAAACAUUCAUUGAAAGAAAUAUUAGCUGAGCCUACAGUAAUGUCGCGAAUCUCGGAUACGAAAGCAUCAAGUGAAGUGAAAACACUAGAGACAUUUUAUACAAUAUUACAAACUGAUCCUUCAAGAGCUUUUUAUGGGAAGAAGCACAUUGAGAAAGCUAAUGAAUCUCAAGCUAUUGAAACAUUACUUAUUUCAGAUAAAUUAUUUAGAUGUCAAGAUGUUAAUAUAAGAAAAGAAUAUGUCGAAUUGGUUGAAAGUGUGAGAGAUUCUGGUGGGGAUGUAAAAAUAUUUUCGAGUUUGCAUGUAUCCGGUGAACAAUUGGAUCAACUUACUGGAAUAGCAGCUAUACUACGUUUUCCUAUGCCAGAAUUAGAGGACGAAAGCGAUGGUGAAAGUGAUUCAGACGAAGAUGAUUAAGAUGUCUAAAUAAUACGCCAACGUAUAGCUUUCUAUCUGUUUGUGCUGUGCGCAAUCAAAAAUACAAUAAAAUAAGAUAUAUUAAUAACAAAA